AUGGCCGCAAGCAAGGCAACUCGGUUGGGAGAGGAAACCCGUAUAGACAAGGUCAACGCUGAGCUCGUGACCCUCACCUACGGAACAAUUGUUGCGCAACUGUGCAAAGAUUACGACAGCGACUAUGUGGAGGUCAACAAGCAGCUGGACAAGAUGGGAUACAACAUCGGCCUUCGUCUCAUUGAGGAUUAUUUGGCAAAGUCGAACACAAUGAAGAGAUGCGCAAACUUUCGAGAGACCGCAGACGUCAUUGCAAGAGUCGGCUUCAAGAUAUUCCUAAACAUCACACCACAGGUGACCAACUGGACGACGGACAACAAACAAUUCUCGCUCGUGUUUGACGAAAACCCUCUCGCUGACUUUGUCGAGCUGCCCGACGACGAGCGAGCGCAGGACGAGCUAUGGUAUUCCAACAUCUUCUGUGGAGUGUUGCGGGGAGCUCUUGAGAUGGUGCAGAUGCAGGUCGAAGCGCACUUCAUCAGUGACGUUCUGCGAGGCCACGACACGACGGAGAUGAGGGUAUCAUUAGUGCGGUACAUUGAUGACGAGCUUCCUCCCGAAGAUGACUAG